UGCUUUGACAAGUCAUUGUGCUGAAUAGUGAAAUGUUCAAACAAUCUCGUUUCAAUUAUAUUUUGUGGGUAACAUGUAUUUUACUGAGAAUCGAGAUUUUACUAUACUUAUCACAAUAUGUUCUGUUGUAUGCAUUUCUAAAAACUAAAGUGCUAGAAAUUUCUGCUUUUUCAAAACUGUCAUGAAAAACAAUUCUGUUGUGCAGUGUAAACUGUAAACAUAUAAAACAGUAUGUGUCUGUGUGGCUAAUUAAUUAAUAUUGAUAUGAAUGAUACUAAAAAUGUCAACAGAUGACAUAUCAUUAAGAAUGGGAUUGGAAAGGUUGGAAAUUGAACCAAUAAAACUGGUAAAAAAUGUUAAAGUAGAGAACCCAUUCUCAAAUCCUUUGCAAAAGAAGACUCCUCCUAAAACAUAUACACAGAGUAAAUGUAAUUGUUUGGUACAAAAGAAGAAAAAUGUUUCUAUCUACAAAAAAAAGCACGGAAAACUGUUGAGAGAACCUGUAUUAAGAUUAUCACAUGGGAAUAGUAGUCUGAGAAAUGAGUGCCAACAGUUGUUCAGCAAAGAUAUAUCACCAACUUGUGCAUCUCUAAAGUUUCAGCCUGAUAAUUUAUCUUUACACACAUUGGUCGAUAAUUGCAACCAACUAAGUAUAUCAAAUAAGAAGAACCAAACAUGUUUAAGAACAAAUAACUCGAACAGUUGUGUGAAAUGGUGGAAAUGUGAAACUUCAAAUGAACGACAAUCCAGAGACUCAACUUCAGAGAGAAGCUCCUCUUGCUCUCAACAAGCCCUUAACCCACCCUGUGAUAUAACAAUUGAUGAACUCGCAAGUUACUUUGAAACUUUGGUUCAUAUACCAAAAAAGAUGUCAUCAAUGGCUGAAAUGAUGUAUAUCUAACUAGCUGAUGCCCGCGACUUCAUCUGCGUGGAUUUAGGUUUUUGAAAUCCAGUGGGAACUUAAGAUUUUCUGGGAUAAAAGGUAGCCAAGUCACUCUUCAGAUCUUUGACUAUAUCCAUGCAAAAAAUCACGUCAAUCAGUAGCUUUUAUUGCGGCGAGAUUGAAGUACAAAACAACAUACUUACGGAUUAAUUAGGGUUCCGUACCUCAAAAGGAGAAAAGCAACCCUUAUAAUUGAAAUGUGUUCUCGAAAAAUAAUAAUUGCUUUACUAAAUCACAUAGAGAUGGCGCUGUCCGUCACUAACUUGCAGUGUU